CAUUGGGAAUUAACUUUGUUCUGUUGGAAUUCGCUUUCUUUCUCACACAUGAUGUACUCACACUUCUCAGUAUCUUUUUUUAGGUACUGCCCAGUUUUCAAAAGUCUUUUGUAUUUACUGUAAUCUUUUAUAUUCCUUACACUGCAAAAAUUCCAGGCUACAAUGAGAAUUGUAACACUUCUUUCAGACUUGUUUUCUCUUGGGACAAAAAGUUAGGCAGACUUUCAUCAGAUGGAGGGGUAGAGCUCUUCUUCAGAAAUAUCACUUUUCACUAUCCCAUCUUCUAGGAUUGGUCUAGAUUAACCAUUAUACACACAUGUAUCUAUACCACUACUAUGUUGUGACAACAAGCCACAAAUGUCCCUUUUAGACGCAUCUCAUCAGAUUAGAGAAGAAUGGCAGAAACUACAUUUUCCUGGAUUUUAAGAACAUUGUUUCUGUUUUCAGUUCUAUUUCAGUGUUCAAAAGGACAAAAAGAUCUCCAGAUUACCAAUGUGACAAGUCCAACAUCUGCACAACUGGUGGUCUCAUGGAACUCCAGCUCUACACUGGUGGCCUACUUUAUGCUUGACCUUCGAGUGGCGAACAAUUCAUCCAUCGCUGCCAUUACUGCAAUUGCCAGUACUACUUCUCGGUCCAAGUUAAUGCAAGGAUUAAGAACAGGCACAUACUACAAUGUAACACUAAAAUCAUAUGGAUCCAGUGGUGCACUGCUUGCAACAACCUCAGUACAGGCACAGACAGUGACAGCCACUCCAGAGAUUGCUACAGCAAAUGGUAUAUCCAGCUCUGAAAUAACAGUUGGAUGGUCUUCCGUGGUUGGGGUGGACUUCUACUUUCUUAUGGUGUCACUCGGGAAAGACAGUAUUAAUCGCACAUACAAAGCCCUGAACUGCAGCAUUGGAGAUCUUAAACCAUCGUCUCUCUACAGCCUUACUCUCUAUGGUGUGAAUUCAGCUGGAUCAAGUGCAGCUAGCAAGCGCAUAACUGUUCUCACAUUGACCCCUCCACCAACAAAUGUCUCUGUAACCACAAUUUCCAGUUAUGCGGUGACAUUAACGUGGUCAAGUGUUGAUUAUGCACUGAUGUAUGGGAUCUUUGUUUAUGAAGUUGGACUGAGUCCCAGUCUGGCAUAUAUCAGGAAGACUACUUCCCUUGUCAUCACACUGGAUAAUCUGCUACCCUGCACUCACUAUAUGUUUGCCUUGACGUCAUAUAAUUGGUUUUACACAGCUGGGCAGGAGAAUCAAGUGCUAUAUGAAACUGGAAAGGUGGCUUCUCCUCAGAUCCUCAACAUCCAAUACAACAGCAAUUUGGGCAAUGCGUUAAUAUCCUGGACGUCAAGCUUAGGUGCCUCUUCGUAUAUGGUGACUGCAAAAUCAGACACUAACUAUGAGUCUUUGUGCACAUCCACUUCCAACAGCUGUGAGAUCCAAGGCUUAGUUUGUGAACAGAGAUAUACAGUAAGCAUUGUUGCACUAACCAACAACUGUACCAGCAAUACCAGUGAAGCAUUAAUUCUAGAAACAGCUCCAUGUGCCCCCAAAAAUGUGACCAUAAUUCGUGACUGUAGUAUCAACACUGUAAACGUUUACUGGAAUCCUGUUAUUGGUGCUGUCAGGUACAUUUCAAAUGCUUUUGCACCUGAUGGCAGUAAGGAGGAAUGCGCUAACCAAGAUACUUACUGUUUCUUCAUGAACUUACUCUGUGGGACUGAAUAUGAGAUCAGUGUGCUUGCCUUUAAUGGUAAAAUAAAUAGCUCUGGUAGUCCAAGAAUCAAAAUAAGAACAGCUCCUUGUGAACCACGAAAUGUUCAAGCCAUCAUCCAAUGCCAAGACAAUUCUCUGGACGUUUCAUGGAACCCAUCAAAUGGAGCUUCUUUCUACACAGCUUCAGUCUUGGGGAGCAGUGGUGUCACAUACAACUGUUCCUCUGUAAACACCAGCUGUCAGAUUGUAGGGCUAGAAUGUGGUGAAAGCCUAUCACUUUCUGUAAUUGCCUAUGAUUUUGACUGUCCCAGUAUGAGUAGUCAUCCGGAAGAUAUUGUAACAGUUCCAUGUGCACCCAAUGAUGUCUUAGCCCUGACCGACUGUGAUACAAAAUCCAUUUUUAUUCGAUGGAGCUAUAGCGAGGGGGCAGUUAUGUAUAUCGCCAAAGCAGUGGCUACAGAUGGGUCAGAACAUUCCUGUGAAUCUUUUGAACUAAGUUGUACACUCUCUGAAUUACCAUGCAGCCAAACAUACAUGGUUUCUGUAACUGCUUCCAACUAUCAGUGUAUUAGUCCCCAAAGUCCAUCUUCAGAGUUCAAUACCGUUCCAUGUAUCCCAAAGAACAUUGGAGCAAACUUAAAUUGUGACCAGAACACAAUACAUGUCACAUGGUCAGAAGACAAUGGAAACGUGACUUUUAAAGCCACAGCAAAGAGUGACUCCAGCUUUUAUAAUUGCACCAGCCAGGAAAGAUAUUGUGAAAUUACUAAUGUAGCCUGUGGACAACUUUACACAGUUUCUGUUGAUGCAGAAAAAGGGCAGUGCCUGGCGUCCUCCAAUGAAACGGCAUCACUCUAUUCAGUUCCUUGCAAGCCAACAGACAUAUCAGCCCAAAGUGUCUGUGCUAAUGACAGCACAGUGAUAUCAUGGACAAAAAGUUUAGGAGUUGGCACAGAAAUGUACAUAGCUGCAAUGCAGACACAGGAUGGACAGAAUUUGAUGUGUCAUUCCACAACAAACCAAUGUGUUCUUGGAGGUAUCAAAUGUGGAAAAAUCUACAAUGCAUCGGUGAUAGCUGUGAGCAGUGAUUGUCAGAGUUCCUCCAGUGAAUUAUAUGUGGAUCCUGGUAAGUUUGUCAAAGACUGA